AAAAAGUCUACUGUGACACACAAAAACUCAAAGAUAUUUCUUGAAUAGAAAAACAGUUCUUAGAGUUUAUACGAUAGUGCAAAAAAUCGAAAUCAUUGUUAGUUUCAAUUAAUUUCUAACGAUGAUUUUGCGUCAACGUCUACCCACCAUCCAUGAGGAUAAGGUGUUUGAAAAAAUCCCUGUGGCCGGCCAGUACAGAAUCAUUAAAGGAAUAAAAAAAGGCGGAAGCCGAAGACCAGCAAGUGCUGCUAAGAAUCGAAGGAUAAUCCAGAGUUCCAGCCGUCCAAAUAUUGAAGAUUUCUACAGAAAAAGUGCGGAACUAGCCAAUAAGAGUAACGCCGCUGGUUUAGGGUCUAGUUUGCCUUGUAAGGUCAAGACGAGUUUCUCAUCGAAAGGAGGGAAUGCCCCCGUGAAAGUGAAAUCCGAAGAUGUUACUCCGAAACCCGAAGGCGGACGAAACGACCAACAAUUAGAAGCCCAGAAAAACCUCGCCGUUGUGAAACCUAUCAUCGAUGUCGAUGAUCAGAAGGACAACCACCAGGCUCAGGUUGACACACCCACUCUGCGCUUUGCAACAGAUAUUGCAAAGGACGAAAUGACAGAUGCAGAACACAAGAUCAAACUUCAACAGCAAUAUCAGGCGAACAUGGCCGCAUUUGCUGAGAAAGAAAUGAAGAAAGAAAAAUCAAAGGAAAAAGAAUCUGCAAUUGAACUGGUUUCAAAAGAGCAAGAAAACGAAGUUGUGGCAGUUACCUUGGAGGAAAUCAACCAUAAUAAUGAUAAACAGGAGCCGGAACCUUUGUCAAAGAAAGGAGUCCAGAUCCAGCUAGAUGAAGAAAAGAAAGAUACCAUCGCAAAGGAGGUCGUAUAUAAAAUAAUUGGAUUUGGAUCUGUUGACCAUGUAUCCAGACAUCGCAAGGAGAGCAGUACCGACGCCAAGAGGGCCCAGACCCAAUACCCUCCUCCAUAUGUGAAGAGCACUGAUCGUCCUGGAUCAUCGCAAUCAAUUUUGAAAGAGCUUCAGGUGGAGCGAGGGCUCCUUUCUUUCAAACCAGUUGCCUCCAAACACGUGCUAAGCGCUGAGAAGAAAGAACAUUCCAAAAUUAAAGCAGCUUCUUCUCAGAAACAAACUUCCGGUCUGCCUCUACAACAACAGCAAAAGGCAUGCAAACUCCCAAAUAUUCGGCCGGGACCAAAGAAAGUGUCUUGGGCGGCGGACCCGCGCCAAAAUUGCAUGGUAAAACCUUUGCCUCGCGGGGAAGACAGAACUGGUCAGCCUACUAUCAAAACCACGCCCAGAAAUCCUCCAACACCCAAAGCCUUCUUAACAACCCUUCCAAAUAGCACAGCCCAAAUUAAAAGAUAUUUCCACGCCCCGUCCCAAAUUUCAAACAGCAAGCUUCCAAAACGUUAAAACAAAUAAACGACCAUCAUUUGCCAGAACUACAUCAAACGGAGUACAAAAAUGCUUUGGAAAAAAAAAACUACCCAUAUGUUAAAUGUGAUAUUCGGUGCCUCGGAGAAAAAUUAAGCCAGAGAUGCCUUAGAUUUUAGUAGGAGUCGACCAAAAUGUGUAACAGUUGUAACAUGUAAAUAUGACCAUAUUGUUGUGCGAUAAGAUAAUAGGUACACGAAGUGGUACUUAAGGGAAAUGCUAACCAAACACUCGUUGAGCGCACGUGGGAGGAUGACUUUCACAUGGAAGAGGUUCACUCAUGGUCUGGAUUGAAUGAACUUAAAGUUAACAGUGAACAGCAAUCGCUUCGCUCUUCUUACAAAAAUCAGAGAGCAGAGGUGAUUCGUCAUAGAGAUUUUCCAAGAAUUCAGAGCACUUAUGAACCAGUGAAAAACAAUGGAAUCUAAAUGCUUUGAAAUGUUAAAAAAAUUGUGUGUUGUGAAAAAAUAUCAUGUUAUAAUAUUUGUUUGCAGAAGAUUAACAGUAAAAGCAGCUAUUUUAUUAAGAGCUGUACAUUAAG